AUGGCCACAAAAAUGGCUAUAUUUCCUUUACCGAGUGAAAGUCUGGCUUUUUCACUUACAUACCUCUGGCCUUCUUGCAGAGCCAUUAUCACCACCAGAAUGUACGCUCUAACAAUCCUAACCCUCCUUGCGGCCCAGGCGCUGUCCAAGCCCCUGAAAUGCCGCUCGAUAAUUCGGUGCCCCUUGGUCUUCGAUGGCAGAGUUCCGUCCAACGCUCUUGUAGCCGACUUCGAUGUCGCCUCCGGCGGCGGUUGGAACCCGUUCAACCCCUCGUACGUCAAGGGCGCGAACCUUCUGUGGUCCGAUAUCAUUGUCCUUCCGGAUACCGGCCCCUCCCGCUUCGAUAAGGACUCGGACACGCGAGCUCUGGAGGUGACGAUAUCCGACGAGAGCAUCUUCAUGAACCAGCGUGGUUUCCGGCGGGCGGGAUUGCAGUUUAGCAAGGACGCGAACAACGGCAGCCCCGCGAAUGUGGGGGUCAAGACGCUGCAUUUCAGCGUGAAGCAGGAUUUAGAGAGGCCGUUGAAUCUGACGCAUGAGUACCUCAAUGUCUGGCACGAGACGGCGGCGUACGAUGCGAACCAGUUCAAUUUCCAAGUCGGCACCAUCAUCGGCCAGACGGGCUUGGCCGAGGACACCUUUAAGCUCCUGGAUCGAAAUAACAAGCAGCUUUGGUCGACACCCAUGGAGGCAAACGGCUCGUGGCAGAAUUUUGCAUUGACGUUGGACUUUGAUCAAAAUACAAUUCAGGUUUGGUACUCGGCUGAGGACGCACCCCUCGAGAAGCAAGGCGAGGCCAUCUCAGCCAAUCUCGCGGGCAACGGCCAAUACCAGAUUGGGAUUCUGAAGAAACCCACAGGAACCGAUGACGUUGUUAACUCGGGGUACCAGUCGAGUAACUUGGACGAAGGUCAGAUCUAUGGAGGCAUCUUCAUUGAAGAUAGCACCAACGGUUGUGUGUCUACCUGA